UUAUCAUUGUUGGUGAACUCGUUGUAAAUGAGCUGUUGAUAAUCGACGACAGAAGCUUCAUCCCCACAGAUGUCGCCAUGGACGUCAGUGUCCACAUAAAGACUGCGCCUAAAAUUGAAUCGAACAGAUCUUUACCAGGUACGAUGAAGUGGGCGGUGUUUGCAUUGGUUGUUGCUGUCUGUGUGGGUGGAGCCAUGAGUGCUACGUGUGACUCUCUCCCACAACAAGCGUGUACAAAAGAGUACGCGCCGGUUUGUGCCACCUUUAUCAAGACCUUCCCCACUGAAUGUGUCUUAGAGAAUAAGAAGUGUGAACUGGCUAAACAAGGUUUUGAGUUCCAGAACGCCCGCAACGGUGAUUGCUGUUUCAGACCUAUGACAAUGGAACUGAGCUACCGAUGUGGAACUGACGGCAAGGUGUAUGGCAAUGAAGGAUCAAUGCGCCACGCUGGAUGUGAAACUCGCGACUACAUCAAGGAACAGUCUCACGAAAACUGCCCGGAUUUCCCAGAGGACUGGUUUGUGCCUGCCCCAUAACCUGGAGAACGCAGCUAAUUAAAACGAAGGGAUGAAUUUGCGCAAACAAUUCCA